UUUCUCUCGCGAGAUCUGACAACAUCGCGUGGGAACAAAACAGGACGAUGACAAAGCAAAAUGGCGUUUGAUAAAGACGUUAUUGUGUUCUUUCUAGUUUUCUGUUCUUAAUCUGCGCCUACAUGUACAUUCAUAUUAUAUGUGUAUAAUAGAGUAAACAGCGUUAAUAAUUGUUUACAUCCGGAUACAUGAGUCCGAGCGCACUUUGACGGUUCUCGUGCUAGCUCAGCUUGCUAGUUAGCUUAGCUUGUUAGCUGCUAACAAAGAGACGCAGAAGUGAUCAACACGUCGCUAAGCAGAGAUCAGAUGUGAGUGUAAAGUGUUGUGAUUGUGUGGAAAUGUGCGAAAGAACGAAAGCAGAGUACGAGGAGGAACUUUGUCCAACAAAAGAGGAGAAGGAGCGACAACAUCAACUACUGGACGCUGUUUUCAAGGAACAUCAGCUUGUGUCACACAGAACAGAUGUCUGUAAAGAACAUCUUCUCCCUGAGCAGGAGGAGUCGACCUGCGGAAUGGAGCAGGGAAAACCACAGCGCCCCCACUUUAAAGAGGAAGAGGAGUCACAGCCUCCUCACAUUAAAGAGGAAGAGGUGGAGAAACAGACCCCUCACAUUAAAGAGGAAGAGGAGGAAUACUGCAUCAGUCAAGAAGGAGAGCAUAAUGAAGGACUGGAGGAGGUUGAUGUCACCAAGAUGCCAUUGACUGAUGUCACUGUGAAGAGUGAAGAUGAGGUCAAAGGUGAAAGUAAGGAGGAGAGAGAGGUGGAGCCUUCAAGCAGCAGCUCAAUUCAAUUCAUGAAAACAGAAGCUGAUGAAGACCACUGUGGGGGAUCACCAACAGACAAGCUCUUAGCUCCACUGUCAGAUAGUGACGACACAACGUCACACUCUUCUGACACUGAUGAUGACAUGUCAUGUCACACUGACGUCACACACUAUAAAUGCUCUCACUGUGGCAAAACUUUUAAAUAUCAUUGUCAUUUAAAAAUACACGUCAGAACGCACACCGGUGAAAAACCAUUCAUGUGCUCAUUUUGUAGUAAAAGAUUCUCCCGGAAAGAACAAUUGAAAGUUCACAUAAGAAUACACACUGGUGAAAAACCAUAUUCCUGUUCAAGUUGCAACAAAAGCUUCGGAGAAAGGGCAACGCUUGUACUACACAUGAGAACGCACACCGGUGAGAAACCGUACAUGUGCUCAAUUUGUGGUAAAAGAUUCUCUCAAAAGCAUCAUUUAAAAGCACACACAAGAAAAAGCACUGCUGAAAAAACGUGUUCAUUUUCAACCCACGGUGAAGAUUUUACACAAAAUACUGAUUUGAAACCAUAUAUGACUCCACACACUGAAGACAAACCAUUCAUGUGCUCAAUUUGUAAGAAAAUAUUCUCCCGAAAGGAACAUUUGAAAAUUCACAUAAGAACGCACACCGGUGAAAAACCGUACAUGUGCUCAAUUUGUGGUAAAACAUUCUCUCAAAAGCAUCAUUUGAAAGCACACACAAGAAAAAGCACUGCAGAAAAAACGUGCUCAUCUUCAACCCAAGGUAAAGAUUUUACACAAAAUACCGAUUUGAAACCAUAUAUGACUCCACACACUGAAGACAAACCAUUCAAGUGCAUAAUUUGUAAGAAAAGAUUCUCCCGAAAGCAACAAUUGGAAAUUCACCACAGAACACACACUGGUGAAAAACCAUAUUCCUGUUCCAACUGCUGGAAAAGCUUCGCAGAAAAAUCCAAACUUACAAUACAUAUGAGAACGCACACUGGUGAAAAACCAUAUUCCUGUUCAUGCUGCAACAGAAGCUUUGCUGACCGAUCAGCACUUGUAAAACACAUGAAUCGACGCACUGGUGAAAAACCUGUUGUCUGCUACGUCUGUGGUAAAGGUUUUGUACAAAGUCAAGAUUUGAAAGACCACAUGGAAAUGCACGCUGAGAAAGUGUUGAGUUGCAGUGCGUGUGGUGAAAUAUUCCUUUCUAAGGACCAAUGUAACAAACACAAGUGUGCUGGUGAGAACAGCAGCGGCAAAUGAAGCUGCAGAUUUUCUAACAACAUCACCACAUAUAACAUGUGACAUCAUUGUCGUGUGUAACGUUAUCCUGUUUAAUAUGUUGCUACCAUUUAUAGGUUUGAAUAUUUUAGAUGAGGGAUUUUAUUUCAGUCUACUACAUGCAUUAAUAUACAACAUUGUGUAACAUAUUUAUAAAGAAAAAUAAGUCAUUCGAUGGAAAAGGUGGAAAUUGAAACAUCAGUUUAUUUUAUAUCCAUUUUAUAAUGUCUUUCAUUCAUUUUAGAAUUGUAAACCGUACAAAACAUAUUACCUACAAUAAACAUAAGGAUAUCCAUAAUUCAGUGUUAUACUGAUACAAAACGGUGUUUUUCAAAUCUGUUUUAAAUGUAUGGAGUGUUUCCAUAUUUUAAUUUCUAAUUUUAAAUGAUUGCAUAGAUGAAUUAUUUUUUGUGAUAUACAUAUUUGUUUUACAUACCUUUUUUGUGUACACAUAAAUCACUCUUAGUUCAUAUGUAUUGGUUCACAUCUGAAACAUCUUCUGGACCACUUCUGGAAGCAUAUUAUGUUCUCUAUACAUCAUUUCAACACAUUUGUGUUCUACAAGAUCAUUUACUUUUCAAAUGUGACUUUAUGAAUCAUCGGUUGUGUCAUGAUAAGCCAUUCUAUUAUCAUUCUUACUCUCUUUUGUAUAUGAAUAUUGCUUUUGUGAUUGUUUUAUAUGUAUGUCCCCCGACAUUUAUUCAAUAAGCAAUGUAUGCUU